GACGUCUCCUCCGCCAAAACAAAACGCCGUAUCCGCCGAUACGGAUAACGCUCCCUCACUCCCACGCUCAUUAAUGGCUUCUCUGAGCUUCUCGUCCAUCGCUCUCCACUCCAUUCCCCAAAAGCUACCGCGAACGAAGAUCUCAUGCGUAGGAUGGGACCCGGAGGGCAUCCUGGGGCCGCCGCGCGGGGGCCACAUCGCGCGCCUCGAGAUCAGGCGGCGCCUCGAGAGGGACGCCGACGCGCGCGAGGAGAUCCAGCGCCGCGCACGCGAGGAGCGGCUGCGCCGGCGCGAGAGCCGGGAGGCGCGCGUGGUGCCGGAGACGGAGGAGGGGCUGGUGGAGUACUUGUUGGACACGGAGGCUCGCGAGAUAGAGAUCGAGAUUGCCCGGUUGCGGCUGAGAUUAAAUAAAGAGUUCUUCGAUCACCUGCAGCGUGAAGUUGGGCAGCUACGUUUUGCAUUGAACAGAACUAAGGAGAUGGAUGAAAGAUUAAUUGAGCUUGAAGCUAUGCAGAAGGUUCUGCUGGAGGGAACAGAGGCAUAUGACAAGAUGCAAGAAGACCUUGUGUCGGCUAAAGAAAGGCUCAUGAAGAUAUUGCAAUCUAAAGAUCGAAAGGCAACAUUGCUAGAGAUGGUCGAGCGAAACGAGCUGAACCGAUCGGUAUUGGCCCUUCUGGACGAAAAUAUAGCAAAUGCGCUGAAUAACGAUCAGGAAGAAGCUGCAGCUUUCAUGGAGAACGUGCGGUCGACUAUUGUGAAAUACAUCACCGUAUAGUAUGCUAUUUCCAUAUCAGCUUCUCAUUGUUUGUGCUUGAGACAUUCAUGUACUACAUGUAAAUGCUUCUACAUUGUCUGAUAUUGAUUUUAUUUUGAAAUCCGAGCUGGGGACAUUUGAGGUAAAAUUUUCAUACUAA